ACCUCUCUUCCUCGUCAUUUCUCAUCCACUCGAGCGGUACAAUUGACCUCCCACGUGUGAUUCUCUGCCUCUGCCACAGGUCAGAUUGCUCAACCUAUCAGGACGUGCAAUUGCCGACGACCUGGUAACGCCAAAGCCCAGCUCCCAUUAACCUCGGCCAUCACCAUAACUGGAUCCCGUUACGAUGCAUCGUGCAGUCACAUCAACCGCAGCCCUGUGGCUUGCUUUCGCCAAUACUCUCACUGUAGCUGUUCCAAGUUACCCAUCAGCGCCCCACCCCCAUGCGACGUUACAGCUGAAGAGCUGGCCGCCUGAGGCUGCUCAGGCACUCGGCAAGAUGAUCCACCGGAAUGCGAACCAAAGCAACUACGCCGUCUUCGACAUGGACAACACGAGCUACCAAUAUGACCUUGAAGAAUCCCUCCUCCCAUUCUUGGAGAAUCAAGGCAUAUUGACACGUGACAAUCUCGACCCAAGCUUGAAGUUGAUCGAUUUCAAAGAUACUGCCAAUUUCACGGAGAGUCUUUACAGCUACUAUCUACGUCUGUGUGAGGUCGAUGACUUUGUCUGUUACCCAUGGGCCGCGCAGGUCUGGUCAGGCUUUACUUUGAGGGAAUUGAAAGGUUAUGUAGAUCAGCUUAUGGCUUUGAACACCUCGAUCCCGACAAAGUAUUGGGACGAUGAUGAGGUCGUGGAAGCCAGCGUCAACCCACCGAAGAUCUUUACGGGACAGGUAGAGCUAUACAACGCUUUAAUGGCGAACGGCAUUGAUGUCUACGUUAUCAGCGCUGCACACGAGGAGCUUGUCCGCAUGGUUGCUAGCGAUCCUAAGUAUGGAUACAACGUACCGCCCAAGAAUGUCAUUGGCGUAACGACCAUGCUGCGAAACACAACCUCUGGCGGUCUCACAAAUGCUAGAAAGCAAAUUGCCGCAGGGACUUACGACCAAGAAGCAAACCUCGACCUGGUCCUUGGUCCCUAUCUCUGGACUCCUGCCACAUGGUUUUCUGGAAAGUGGGGUGCUAUCCUUACAUAUAUCGACCAGUGGAAGAGACCUAUCCUGGCUGGGGGUGACACACCAGGAAGUGAUACGUACAUGCACUUUCACGGUGUCGACACCGAUAAAGGAGGCAUCCAUUUGUGGAUCAACCGGAAAGACGCAUAUCUCCAGGAGCUGAAGGAAUUGAUCGAUGAAAAUGCGAAAGAGCAAAAGGAGAACAACAGAGAAGUUACUGCUGACAAGAACUGGGUAAUUGUUAAGCCGCAAGACAUACUAUGAAAUCGCCCGACUCAAAUGUAUAUACAUGCAAGGAAAGAUAUAGUAGAAGGUGCUAGAGCUUAUAUAGCUUUGAUCGGAGAGCCAAAUUUUCCACACUGGUUACCUUGCCAGAGCUGUC